AUGAUCAAAGCAUAUUCCAAUGAUCCUCCCAAAGUAAGUCUAAUACAUUGAAAUAGAGUUUGAAAAGAAAGAACACUUUUUUAUUUUUACAGGACAUGCCUUUUAUACCCUGACACCAUUCAAGCUAAUUUAAAGGCAUUCUAUAGUGCCAGGAAAACAAAGCUGUUAUCCUGGCACUAUAGAAUACUAUUGGGACCCGUCCCUCCCGCCCCCCCUACCGCGGCGCUUCAGUCACUUUCCUAAAUUUAGCGCCGAUGUCCCUUGGUGCUGGGUCAGGCUAUGCCCACGCCCCUCUCUCGCCGACAUUGGCCGGCGCAGGAGACCUAAUGCACAUGCGCAGCAAUGGCUGCUCUCGCAUUAAGAUUUCCCUAUGGGGAUUCCGGUGAUUCUGGAAGUCCGCAUGCAGAAUGUGAGGACGAACAGCGUCAUUUAGAUGGCCAAAAGUCACCUAAGCACUCAGAAGUCCCUCUAGUGGCUGUCUGGUAGAAACCACUAGGGGGGGAGAUAACCCUGCAAGGUAAUUGUUGCAGUUUCUAAGAACAAUAGGGAUAAGGGACAGGGGACAUUGCACCCAGACCUCUUCAAUGAGCUGAAGUGGUCUGAGUGCCUACAGUGUCCUUUUGAUAGUUUGCUGGUGAUAUUUGUUCCUGAAAUCAAGAGAGGUGAUACAAAUUACCAACUAGAUUUCCAAAAGUUUGCCGACACCUCUGUCAGCUAAAUAGUUGAAGGCACGCGCUUUUCUUAAUCUCCCACAAAGCAUUUUUCAAAAUUCUAAAUAGAAAAAAUGUAUGUAUUUUUUGUUUUGUUUUUAAGACUGCUUUUUUCCGAUUCUAAACCUUUUAAUUCAGUAAUGUCUAUAAUUCAGUCUGCCUGCAAGGAAGCACUGUAGUGUGCCUAGUGCCUUUCCCCCCAGAUGCAACCAUUCCGCUGCUGUAUUUUGAGCCAUAAAGGCUCUCGUAUACUGAAAGAGAAACAAAGUGAACUGGAUUUAUAGUCCCUGCAUGUUAUGUACAAGGAUUGCCUGGAACUGACUUAAUAAUACUUUAAUAUCUGGGUAAAAAUCAUUGAUUGAGAUCAAUAAAAACUAAACAUAGUCCACGUGUAUCUUGGGUUGUAAGUAGUUUAUUUCCUAGAAUGAGGUUAAUUAAUCCUAUAUUUCUCCAUACAGUUUAAUCAGCUAUCUGACUAUUCUUAUUACUGUUACAGAAUGCCAAACAUAUUGCUGCUGUCCGGAAAAAACUUAAAGGCAGCGAGAAAAAAAUAACCAGGUUGCGCAGUCGAAUCCAGGCUCUUAUAAAAGGUAAACGUUCUGUCUUCGUAUGUAGUUUGAAAGAACAUUAAUGGGUAACAAUGAACACGUAUUUUAUAUUUUUGAGAGUUCUACUUUUUAGAGUUUGGCUGUAUGUCUGGGCCAUGAGAUAUUCUGGUUGCCGACUGUUUUUAUAUAUAGUGAUCCAUAAGUCACCUGUGGAGGUACAGCAUCCCGGGAUGUGACUAAACUUUAAAGAAACAAUCCGAGCACCAUAACCACUACAGGCCAUUAUUGUUACUGUGCCAGUAGUGCCCUGGUGGCUGCUUUCUAAGGAGUCAGAUUGUAUUAGAAUGGCUCCACAAGGCUUGCUCCGGGCUGAGAUCAGGAGAGCUAAGAGAAGUUCCUGUUUUGGAGCGUCCGGCUCUCCGUCGCAGGUAGCCAAAGCAGGGAGCAGCACCUGACGUCUUAACCCAUAAAACACCUUCACCUGCUCUUGAUAUUCCAAUUAUCUCCAAUUUUUAUUUUUCACAGUUUAGCAAUGAUCUGUCUUCUCCUCCUCUUUAUUUCCUCAGUCUCCCUCAGUAUAAAAAUCUCUCCUUACACCCACUUUACUCAUCCCCCCAUCCACAUUUACAUAUGCCCUUCUCUGCUACAUUCCCCCCUUCUCUCAUUUCAUGCCUUAUUUUUCUACUCUCUCACUCCAACCCACAAUCGAUCUCAUCCUAGACCCCAUGCAUACAAAACCCAUUCACACCUCCUGUCACUUUCUCUCCUCCUACUUCUAGCAGCUGGUGAUGUCUCUCCCAAUCCAGGGCCCUUCAUCUUCUCUACACACACUAAGACAACCAGAAACCCCACAAACCUCAUCACAAUACCCUGCCCUUUACCCUCACUUACCAAAAUUAAUUGUGCACUCUGGAAUGCCCGCUCCAUCUGCAGUAAUUUAAAAUCAACAACCAUACACGACUUUUUCAUCUCAAACUCACUCACACUGCUUGCACUUACAGAGACCUGGCUGUCCCCCUCUGAUAGCGCUACUCCUGCCUCUUUAUGUUUUGGUGGGCUACAAUUCUCUCACACUCCCCCUCAAUGUACCUUUUCAACCAAUCAUAACUCCCCCUGCCCUAUCCUUUUCUUCUUUGAAGUUCACACUGUCCGCCUAUUUAAACCCACUCCUUUAAGAAUUGCUAUCAUCUACCACCCCCUCGGUUAUCCUAGACUAUUCAUUGAGGACUUUUCUUCCUGGCUUCCCCACUUCCUCUGAUCUAGCACUCCUUCCCUUAUAUAUGGGAAUUUCAAUAAACAACCCCAACUCGUCUGCUCUCUGUAACCUCCUCCUUAAGCCAUACGCAAUGGUCCAAUUUAGCAACCCAUACAGCAAGAAACACUCUUGAUCUUGCCUUCACCAACCUUUAUAUUGCCUCUAAUCUCUCCAAUAUUCCUUUUCCUCUAUCUGACCACCAUCUGCUGACUUUUGACAUUGGCAUACCUAAGACCCAAUUGACACCACCGUCUGAACAUCACUCUCACAGAAACCUCCAAUGUCUUGACCUAGAUCAUUUCUCCACUAAUCUCCAAACUCUCCUUUUACCUAUCUCAAACCUCACCUGUCCUAGUUCUGCAACCUCCUUCUACAAUUCCACCCUCUCCUCUCAACUAAACAUCAUGGCACCUUGUACAUUUAAACACCGCAGGCCCCCCCAACAGCCACCCUGGCACACCAAGCUCACUCAAUACCUCCAAAAAUGCUCCAGAACUGCUGAACGCGGUUGGAGAAAGUCUCACUGUGCAUCUGACUUUCUCCACUAUAAAUUUAUGCUGAGCUCAUACAGCUUUCACACAUUUAACUCUCUUGUUCACCCUGCUGUUCCUCCUCCACUUACUAACUUGACCGCCUCAGACUUUGCAACUCACUUCACUGACAAGAUCUCUACAAUCAGAGAAGAGAUCUCUCAUCUUUCUUCUUCCCCUUACAAUACUUCCCUUAACUUUACUCCCUCUGCUGUUCCAUGUUCAUUCGAACCCGCUAUAUUGGAAGAUGUUUCUGCUCUGCUCCAGCCCUCCCGCCCCACCACCUGCUCCCUAGAUCCAAUUCCCUCGCAUCUCAUCCGUACUCUGUCUUCUUCUCUUUCUCCACCUCUCACUAAAAUUGUCAAUCUUUCUCUCUCCUCUGGUAUAUUUCCAUUGCCCUUCAAACAUGCAACUGUGACCCCAAUUCUAAAGAAAACCCAAUCUUGACCCUAACUCCCCAACUACUGCCUUUUGCCUCCAAGAUCCUUGAAAAAAUUGUGUAUGCGAGAUUGACAGACUUCCUCGAGUCUAACUCUCUGCUAAACCCGCUUCAGUCUGGUUUCCACGCUAGGCACUCUGUGGAAACGGCACUGACCAAAGUAUCCAAUGAUCUACUCGCUGCAAAAUCUCGUGGUCACUACUCUAUCCUAAUUCUCCUUGACCUGUCUGCGGCUUUUGACACUGUUGAUCAUCAACAACUUCUUCUCAUCCUAAGCAAUAUCGGUCUACAAGAUACUGCUCUCUCCUGGUGCUCCUCCUACCUCUACCAGCGCUCUUUCAGUGUUUCCCCUACUGUUCUCCAUCUAUACUGCCUCCCUUGGUAAACUCAUUAGCUACUUUGGCUUCCAAUAUAAUUUCUAUGCAGAUGACACGCAAAUCUACCUGUCCUCUCCUGAUCUCUCCUCGUCCCUCUUGACUAGUAUCUCUGACUGCCUCUCUGCGGUUUCUAACUGGAUGGCUGCCCACUUCCUUAAACUAAACUUGACCAAAACUGAAUUCUCGUCUUUCCUCCCUCAAGUGUUGUUACUCCUGUGUCUGUCUCCCUCCAAGUCAACGGUGCUACCAUCAGUUCCACCACGCAGGCUCGCUGUCUAGGUGUUCUCUUUGACUCUGACCCCCCCUUAAGCCUCAUGUUCAAUCUAUCGCCAAAUCCUGUCAUUUCCAUCUCUAAAACAUUGCGCGCAUCCGCCCCUACUUAACGCCAGAUGCGACUACGGUGUUGGCCCAUUCCACUGUCCUUUCUUGCCUUGACUACUGUAAUCCGCUUCCCAGUUUUUUUACGUGCUCCCAACUUGUGCCGUUACAAUGCGGCGGCGAGGCUCAUCUUCCUGUCCACCCGCACCUCCCAUGCCUCACCCUUCUGUCAGUCCCUACAUUGGCUUCCUAUAAAAUAUAGAGCUCAAUUUAAAAUUCUGGUUCUUUCUUUCAAAUCUCUACAUAAUGCUGCUCCCAUCUAUCUAUCCUCCCUUAUACACAAGGAUGUCCCGUCUAGGCCCUUACGAUCUGCUGAAGACUUACGUCUAUCGUCUGUCCGUACUCCCACCUCUGAUGCUCGCCUUCAAGAUUUUUCGAGGGCUGCACCGUUCCUGUGGAACUCGCUUCCCUCCUCCGUUAGAUGUUCACCCAGUCUCCACUACUUCAAAAAAUUGUUAAAAACCCACUUCUUAAUAAAAGCGUAUCAAUUAAACUGUUAAUAGCUCCUGACUGAUUCCUCUUCUGCAACUGUCACUAGUCUAAUACUAUCCUUACCUUUUUGUGUCAUUUUACCCCACUCGCUCUAGCAUGUAAGCUCAUUGAGCAGGGCCCUCAACCCCUCUGUUCCUGUGUGUCCAACUUGUCUGGUUACAACUACAUGUCUGUUCGUCCACCCAUUGUAAAGCUCUGCGGAAUUUGACGGCGCUCUAUAAAUAUUAAAAUAAUAAUAAUAAUAAUAAUGGGGUGCCAGGGCAGGACUUGCACCAUAACCACUACAGCAAGCUUUAACAAUCUUACAAGGCAUCUGUACUUAUCCCAUAAAACUCUACACUCCAAGGCUUUAUGAAGAAAUGUACAGCUUUAUCUUCCAAUUACAUCGCCUUUGCACGUCCUCUUAGAAGUGGGAGGUAAAGGGAGUAAUGAGAGGGUGUAAAUACAUUUUAUUUUAUUUUAUAAAUUGAAAUAUCAUAAAGUCUAGGCUUGGAUAUAGUGGUGUUUGCUUGAUUCUCUGUUGCAUUGAGUUUAGAAUUAUUGAAGUAUUAUUAAUCACCGUGUAUAAUAUACAUUACUUACAUUAUAUCUCAAUCUUUACAGAACAACCAUCGUUACCAGCUCCGGAGACGGACAUUAAUACUGCUGUCCCUUCGCUGUUGGUGACGGAGAGACAGGAGCCAGAGCCGGCUGGGUAUUCACUUUACAUCUUUCUCAUCAAUUUUGUUAGGACCUGAAUCCAUCCCAGUUAAUACCACCAUAUCUGCUGGUUAUCAAUACGUCUGUCGUGUGUUUGUCUACGGCUGUGUACACAUUUCUUAGCAUGCGUAUCAAUCACAGAUACAUUUUAUACGGCUGCCUACAGCUUGCAUGCUUGUGUCGCCAGAUCUCCUUAUCUUUGCAGGACUCCUGUGAAUUCUGCAUUCUGCCAGGCAGAGUGUGAGAGUGCUUUGGAUGUCACACAGGAAGCACAGAAUGUAGAAUUCUAUACGGUCCAAAGACAGAAAUCGGCAACACUAGUGAGAAGUAUGCUUGGGGUGUCCUUUAAAUAAUGUCUGGUAUAUAGCAGCAAUAUUGUCUACGAUAUAAUAAUAUAGUGAUAUGACAACCAGAUAAACUAUUCUUUUCUUCCUUCUCAUAGCGAUUUUCCAAUCUUACCUUUGAAACCAAUUACCCUACCGGAUGUGGAACAUGACUUUGAGACGCCUAGUCAGACAUUCUUAGAUGACAUUCAGCAUGAAAUUUCAGCUUAUGUUAAGAUCCAGAAUAUACUGGCCCAGGUAAAGCUCUAACUUGCUGGAUGUUCUCUGAAGUAGUUAUGGUGCAAUGAGUCUGUGGGUAUUAACUCACUUUUUGUUGUUAAACCAUUUGGGAGCAUUUUGAUAAAUGAGAGGUCUCUACCUGUCACCCAGACACCCCCCCUUGGCCAUAAUGAUAAUGUGGAAUUGACAGUUUAACGCUAUAAAUGUGUAUUCCAUCCAACCUGGACUGCUGUGAUGGAUGGGGGGUAACCCAGAGCUCUCAGCCAAUCAAUACCAUCCAGGCUUCCUAUAAUGUGCAUUGAUAAUAUAGAAGUGUUAAUUCCUAUCAUUGUGGCUGUGGAGGGGGGUAUCCAGGUACUUGGAAGAGCCUAAAUGGUCUGAUAUUAAACCAGGGAUAGCGCCAAGACACUCCAGGUACUAUAACCACUACAGCGAGCUAGAAUGGUUAGUUUGCUUCGAGUUUGCCAUUAAAGCAGCCACGUUUCAUUUCUUGAUUGUUUGAUGAAGUCUGGGUUUAGUAAAUAAAUUAGACCUUCUAAUGGUUUAUCAAGGCUAACAGUCACUUUCCAGAACUUUUAAUAUUAUGGUAACUUAAAUAAAAAGGGUCUUGGCUGCAAAAUACUAAUAAAUGGGACAUAAAUCACUUAAAGUGUCAGUGCAAUAAGGCAGGUAUAUUCUCAUAGAAAACAAAGUGAGAGAAAUAAAUGCAAAUGUAGUGUAGUAAGAUUUAAGUGUUAAAUCGUUCUCGAAUGUCUGCCAUUAAGGUCUCUCCUUUCCUACGUGGAGUAAUACGGGAACAUUAGCGCAAGUAGUGAAAAGCCGGCAGUGGCUGGAUUAGAGCGUCAGCUAACACUCUCAGCCAAUCAUGAAUAAAGGAUAUUAGCUAACGAUGGGCAGCUGACUCUCUCAGCCAAUCACUGACCCUUCUCACUGCUCACACAACUUCUGCUUUAACCUGAGCUGAGCAGACAGAGACCGGAGUCACAUCUUUAGUGUUAAACCGGAUAGAACAGGUUAACACUUAUAUAUGUAACACUGGGCCUCCACACACCAUAACAACUUCAAUGAAAUAAUGCCAUGCUACACAAACUUAAACCCAUGGAAUCAAACUCCCACUACUCUUGGGCGGCAGCAGUGGCUAUAGUAUUCAUCAGCCCAAAUACACAGAACAAAUAAAAAGUUAUCUGCGCUAUCCUGUUUGAGCAUUUUUCUUGCAAAGUGCCUUUUGUUUUCUAAUUGUAUUUGUUUCUGCUUUUUCAGCGCGCCAGACGUCAGAUACCUGAUGCUGUUGAGCAGAAAGUAGAUCAACUUCCAGGUACAUUAAAACAUUGUGUGCGUGAUUGCUAUAUACAGUAUUUCACAAAAGUGAGUACACCCCUCACAUUUUUGUAAAUAUUUUAUUAUAUCUUUUCAUGUGACAACACUGAAGAAAUGCCACUCUGCCACAAUGUAAAGUAGUAAGUGUACAGCCUGUAUAACAGUAGAUUUGCUGUCCCCUCCAAAUAACUCAACACACAGCCAUUAAUGUCUAAACCGUUGGCAACAAAAGUAAGUAAACCCCUAAGUGGAAAUGUCCAAAUUAUGCCCAAAGUGUCAAUAUUUUGUGUGACCACCAUUAUUUUCCAGCACUGCCUUAACCCUCAUGGGCAUGGAGUUCACCAGAGCUUCACAGAUUGUCACUGGAGUCCUCUUCCACUCCUCCAUGACGACAUCACGGAGCUGGUGGAUGUUAGAGACCUUGCGCUCCCCCACCUUCCGUUUGAGGAUGCAUUAGGAUUAACAUACCCUCUGUGACAAACUCCCCUUCCCAUGUUAGUUUGCCACGAGCUCCUGGAGGAGCUUGCCAGCUAGCCUCCUGCCCAUAGACUAUAUGGGCCCUGCAGGGAAACCUGUAAAAGACUACCGAAGUUGACUGACCGUUAGCACUGAUUUCAUGGAACUGUUUUGGGCAUGGGACCAUGCGUGCCGUCGUUCAAAACUAUGACUUCCAGGAAAUUUUGUGGGGUUUCCAUGGGUUUUGGGGGUAGUUUCGGGGUACUGUUAAAAAGUAUGUUUUUCUAUGAUUGGAGAUAAUUGAAUCAGGAACUGUACUAAGAUAAUCCAAUUAUCUCCCAGACACAGAGGAGGGAUUAUUUUAUUUGUGUAUGGGAGUGUCCUGGACCUGAGAGCCAAUGUCAUUGUGUGGUUGUUUUUACGGUAGUCUCAUCUCAGGUCCAGGGGGCAGUGCCCCUUGCAUGGGGACCUGCAUAUAAGUCCAGUUGAGACUGCCAAUAAAUGAGUACCUGCCUAUCACCAACAUAGAGUCUCAUGUCAUGUGUGGGGGGGAGGCAGGUCUCUCUGCUCUGGGGAUUGCUAUAUCACAAUACUCCCCAGGGCUAUAAUCACUAGUUCUUGCAAGAGCUACACUGCUAUACCUACUAUACUCUCGUGGAGGAGAGGUCUUCGCACUGGGAGCUGGAUCCAGGAGUUGGUCCAGGGUGAGAAGGGACGGCGAGACCCCAGCCAAGCUACGGCAGCUUUAGAGCCAUGGUGCUUAUGGUGUCCAGUGCAGUGUUGAUGGUACUCAGCGACGGCUAGGAAGCAACAAUUUGCAGAGAAACCCAGUCGGGGUGCCAUGUGGUCCAUCACAGAUGCUGAGCAUGUGCACUCAAUUUCUUUGUUCGCCCAUGGCGAGGCCUGUUCUGAGUGCAACUUGUCCUGUGUACCCGCUGUAUGGUCUUGCCCACCAUGCUGCAGCUCAGUUUCAGGGUCUUGGUAAUCUUCUUAAAGCCUAGGCCAUCUUUAUGUAGAGCAACAAUUCUUUAUUUCAGAUCCUCAGAGAGUUCUUUGUCAUGAGGUGCCAUGUUGAACCUCCAGUGACCAGUAUGAAAGAGUGUGAGAGCGAUAACACCAAAUUUAACACACCUGCUCCCCAUUCACUCCUGAGACCUGGUAACACUAACGAUUCACAUGACACCAUGGAGGGAAAAUGGCUAAUUGGGCCCAAUUUGUACUCACUUUUGUUGCCAACGGUUUAGACAUUAAUGGCUGUGUGUUGAGUUAUUUUGAGGGGACAGUACAUUUACCCUGUUAUACAGGCUGUACACUUACUACUUUACAUUGUAGCAGAGUGGCAUUUAUUCAGUGUUGUCACAUGAGAAGAUAUAAUAAAAUAUUUACAAAAUUGUGAGGGGUGUACUCACUUUUGUGACAUACUGUAUAUAUGUCAGUGUAUAUCUAUUGAUUUCCAUGGAGACUGAACCAGUUCUAGCAUUUUAUAAAAGCUCUCUGUAUUUUGUAACUUGGUAUAAUAUCCUCCCGCAGUCUGGUAAGAGCGACCUGUUCUAUUCCAGUUGGUGUUACAUUCUCUAUAACGCUGCUUUGAUACUUGUCCCCUAUCUCCACUUCUCUAUUUGGGAAGCACUGUGACAGUUCCCCUAGCAGAACGUUCCUUCUCUUCUGACACCCUCAUGGCGGCUUCAUUGCCGGCACAUUGCAGAGAGAACGAAGGGGCACAAACUGUCAUAUUACUGUUACUCUCUCCAUAAUUAGUGCUUCAUUCUGCUAUUCUGGCAUUCAAUCGUGUCAGAGUUAUAGCUUAAAGAGCUCCUGUGCUAUAUUGUAUGGGGCAGUCCGCAGUUUGUCAUUUAAUUAAAUUAUAUACAUUUUAGUAAAACAAAGAGAAGAUACGAGAAUACUGAGAACAGGCAACGCUUAAUAACUCAUCCUUCAGUCAGCCCUGGCCCAUGUCUCAGAAGAUCCAUUACAGGGAGGACUAUGGACCCUUGUAUAUCCAGACAAGAGGGAUCAAGAUCACAAAUAUUCUCUCUGCAAGAUUGUCUGGGGUUGCUGUAUGUCUCGUGCAGAGGGAGCAGAUCUGGCUGCCCUUGUGGGUUGGAUCAGUCUGAUAUACGACUACCUAAUGUGAUGUAUGAGACCUGAAUGUGGACCCAUCACUGAGUUCCGGUCAAUUCUUAUCGUUCUCAUAAACUCUUGUUUAUGGCUUAUAAUUAAAUUCUAACUCCAAGCAUCAUAACACCUAUAGCCCUGUGUAAUGGUAAUGAUGCUAGGAGUACCCUGGCCCAGUUCACCAGUAAUGGGCAAACCAUUUUGCAAUGAUUUGCCCUAUUACCAGGGUUCUGCCAGGCGCAGAGCUUCAGAAGCCAGGCGCCAAUACCACUAGUCAUUCAGUGACUGAGAAUGUCAACUGAGCUCUCUCAGCCAAAGAAUGACCCUCUGUGCGUGGAAUAUGCACAGAAUUCACAUUAUCUGGCACAGAACUCUCAUUCCAGACUGGCUAACGACACUCAUCUAAAUAUCUCUGUAUGUACAGACUCCAAGUACCAUGACCACUUCAAAUCACUGAGCUGGUCAUGGUGAUUGGUGGAACCCCUUAACAUUUAGAUUUCGAUAGUUCGAUUGUUUCCUAAGUUAAUAUUUUCAGAAAGGUAGCUCCCCUUUUAUAUAUUUCCAGACACCUGUAAUGAGUCUUUCCUAACCCCCGUACCACCUUAUGUGUCUCCCCAUACAGGGGGACUGCCUCCUACCCAUAAUCCACUCCUGUCUGAUAGCAGAAUGUAUCUGGAGGUUCAGCCAAUCUUAAUGUUCCCAUUAUUUAUAAUGACAAUGCUGAGCAUUUCCCAUAAACUCAGCAGGUGUGUCUAGUUCAGCACUUGGCAGUAGUUUCAUUCAGUAAAAGUCAAACUGUUUCUUGAGCUACGUUCUCCAGUCAUGUUUUUAAAUGGAUGGAGCUAGUGGUGGCCACUCGUGUAAACAUAACAAAUGUUCUCCCCAUGAAAUCUGUAAAAGACGUCAGAUUGCGGGGAUAGUACUAUAACCGGGGCAGCUUGGCGCUCCUUUUCUCUAAAUAUUGUAGAUAUAAGAAUCAGAAAAACAAAAGCACAGAAAGCGUAGCUUCUCACAACAAAAUAUCUGGAAGUUCACGGGUUAUUAUAAUACAUGAAGUGUCUGUUUAAAUAAAAGGUUAUGUAUUAUGUAGUCUUUCUAACCUUGAUUGAACAAUACUAUCUGUAAAAUCACAUAGUGAUCUGUCUUUCUUUUUAAUUUUCAGAGUCUCCAGAGACUCAAGACUUUCUCCAACCUGUCAGUCGCUCGUCAGCUAGUGAUAGUUUCUCCACUGUUGACCUGAACUCUUCUACAAGUGACAUCUCAUUGGAAAGUACUGGUGGGUCAUAGCAGUAAUAACUGUUGCUUUUUCAUUUUACAAUCAGGUGGAUAUUUUAGAGACUUUAAAAGAGGAAAUCAUAACGUUGUGAUCAGUUAUUGCACAUAUUUUGAAUAUGAGAUUGUAGACUUUAUUGGGCAUCAGAUCACCGACAUUAUAUAGCGUGAAAACAUGGAGAUUUAAAUAAAUAGUUCCGAGGAAGGCUGUGCCUUGUUAGUUUUACAGAAAUAUAAAUGGGUCCCAUUUAACAAUUAAAGGACCACUUUAGGCACCCAGACCACUUCAGCUCAAUGAAGUGGUCUGGGUGCCAGGUCCCUCUAGUUUUAACCCUGCAGCUGAAAACAUAGCAGUUUCAGAGAAAUUGCUAUGUUUCACUGAAGGUUAAUCCAGCCUCUAGUGGCUGUCUCAGAGGGAGCCCGGCGCUGGAUAAAGGUAAGUGGCUGAAGGGGUUUUAACCCCUUCAGCCCAACCGGGAGGGGGCCCUAAAGGGUGGGGGGGACCUAAUGACCCUAUAGUGCCAGGAAAACGAGUUUGUUUUCCUGGCACUAUGGUACUCCUUUAACUAAAUACAGCGUAUUAAAGAAAUACACCAGGCCCUAUAACAACUACAGAUAUAGGAUUUAUGGUGCCAGGAGCAUCCUUGUACCAUCUCAUUGUAAAAUGUCAAACCUUUGUUAUAUGAUGUGACAACUUACCUGCGUCCUGUAGGGAACCUGCAGCCACAUCUGCUGCAUUCAAUGUUCUCCAACCAGAGAAGUCGGAUGUCCCUAUAAAAUAAAGCAUGGCCAUUAAUGGACCAUGUUCAUUGGCUAGAGGGAGCUCAGCUGCAUGGCCCUACUUUGCUUAAUCGGGCAAUCUGCAUUCUCUUGCCAGAGAAGACUGAAUACACGGGAUGUGGUCACAGGCACCUGGCGGGACCCUGGUAAGGAGUUAAACCAAACUUGGAGUAUUCCUAGAAAUGUCCAUGAAAGACUGGAGUCGAUACAAUAUUUUCUAUAGAUCUAUCUCACUGACAUCUAUUGAAACUGGAAGGCAUGUACAUGGCGUCUUUCUGUGAUGUCAUCAAGCACGGGGGACUUCUAGCAGCUGCGAUUUUUAUUGUUUACUCUGUAUUUAUCUUUUCUUUCAGUGUUUAUACUGCUUUAUUUAAAGCUGCUCUCUCGGACUGUGUCACCUAUAAUGGCAUUACCUACUCUACUUAAUGUAACUGUCUUAUUUAUUUAUUGAGUGAUACUGUCUGCUGACAUUUCCAAAUGUUGUAUUUAUUUUGUUACUAAUUCCCGGGAUGUCCAGAGAUCUCAGAUGUUCCUACAAGUGACACCAGCUCCCAGGCAGACAACGUGAAGCUGAGUGCUUUGCAGAAACAGCUGGACAUUGAGCUGAAGGUGAAGCAGGGAGCAGAGAAUCUGAUCAAAGCUUAUUCCAAUGAUCCUCCCAAAGUAAGUCUGAUACAUUGAAAUUGAGUUUGAAAAGAAAGAACACUUUUUUAAAUUGUUGAUGGGGGAGGGGCAACUCCCAAAACGCUCUUACACCUUUUACAUGACAUGCCUUUUACACCCUCACAGGGAGGUGAUACAAAUUACCAACUAGAUUUCCCGAGAUCUCUCACAGUGAAAUAGUUGAAGGCUUUUCUUAAUCACCCCUGAAGCACUUUUCAAAUUUCUAAGUAGAAAGGAUGCAUGUUUUUUAUUGUUUUAUUUCUGAUUUUAAAGAUUAUUUUUCCAUAAUGUGUGUCUAUAAUUCAGUCUGCCUGCAAGGAAGCACUGUAGUGUGCCUAGUGCCUUUCCCCCCAGAUGCAAGCAUUCCGCUGCUGUAUUUUGAGCCAUUAAGGCUCUCGUAUACUGAAAGGGAAACAAAGUGAACUGGAUUUAUAGUCCCUGCAUGUACAAGGAUUGCCUGGAACUGACUUAAUAAUACUUUAAUAUCUGGGUAAAAAUCAUUGUUUGAGAACAAAUCCUCGUCCACAUGUAUCCUGGGUUGUAAGUAGUUAAUUUCCUAGAAUGAGGUUAAUUGAUCCUAUAUUUCUCCAUACAGUUUAAUCAGCUAUCUGACUAUUCUUACUACUGUUACAGAAUGUCCACCAUAUUGCUGCUGUCCUGGAAAAACGUCAAGACAGCGAGAAUAAAAUAGCCAGGUUGCGCAGUCGAAUCCAGGCUCUUAUAAAAGGUAAACGUUCUGUCCUCGUAUACAGUUUGAAAUAACAUUAAUGGGUAACAAUGAACACGUAUUUUAUAUUUUUGAGAGUUCUACUUUUUAGAGUUUGGCUGUGUGUCUGGGCCAUGAGAUAUUCUGGAUGCCGACUGUUUUUAUAUAUAGUGAUCCAUAAGUCACCUGUGGAGGUACAGCGUCCCGGGAUGUGACUAAACUUUAAAGAAACAAUCCGAGCACCAUAACCACUACAGGCCAGUUACUGUGCCAGUAGUGCCCUUGUGGCUGCUUUGUAAGGAGUCAGAUUGUAUUAGAACGGCUCCGCAGGGCUUGCUCCGGGCUCAGAUCAAGAGAGCUAAGAGAAGUUCCUGUUUAGGAGCGUUCGGCUCUCCGUCGCUGGUAGUGGACGCAGGGUAGCGGCACCUGACGUCUAAUAAUGGGGUGCCAGGGCAGGACUUGUACCAUAACCACAUCAAGCUUUAACUCUCUUACAAGGAGGUAUAAGAGAUCUGUACGUAUCCCAUAAAUGUCUACACUCCAAGGUUUUAUGAGGAAAUGUACAGCUGUAUCUUCCAAUUGUUUUGUCUUUGCAUUUGCUCUUAGAAGUGGGAGGUAAAGGGAGUAAUGAGAAGGUGCAAAUACAUUUUAUAUUAUUUUAUAAAUUAAAUAUCAUAAAGUCUAGGCUUGGAUAUAGUGGUGUUUGCUAGAUUCUCUGUUGCAUUGAGUUUAGAAUUAUUGAAGUAUUAUUAAUCACCGUGUAUAAUAUACAUUACUUACAUUAUAUCUCAAUCUUUACAGAACAACCAUCGUUACCAGCUCCGGAGACGGACAUUAAUACUGCUGCCCCUUCGAUGUUGGUGACGGACACACAGGAGCCAGAGCCGGCUGGGUAUUCACUUUACAUCUUUCUCAUCAAUGUUGUUAGGACCUGAAUCCAUCUCAGUUUAUACCACCAUACCUGCUGAUUAUCUAUAUGUCUGUUGUGGGGGUUAAAUAAUGUCUUGAAUAUAGCAGCAUCAUUGUCUAAGAUAUAAAGAGUAUAGUGAUAUGACAACUAGAUAAACUAUAAUUUUCUUCCUUCUGAUAGCGAUUUUCAACUCUUCUCUAUGAAACCAAUUGUCCUACCGGAUGUGGAACUUCACGUAGAGGCUGCUCCUGCUCCAAGUCAGACAUUUUUAUAUAGCAUUCUGCGUGAGAUUUCAAUUUAUAUUGAGUUCCCGGAUUUCCUGGCUCAGGUAAAGCUCUCAGAUGUGCUGGUUGUUCUUUACCUCUAAACUUCAUCAAAAAAUGAUCACUCUGUGUACAAUAACCAUUAUAGCACAGUAAUGUAGUUAUGGUGCAAUGAUUCUGUGGAUAUUAGCCCACUUAUAUUUUUGUUAGACCAUUUAGGAACUUUUGGACAAAUAAGGGCUUGGCUGGUCCACAUGUCCCCUAUGCCGACAUUGAUGGUUGAACUCGGGCUAAAUCUGGUUCUUGUAGUUCUUGUAACUCCCUGUCAAUCAUUAAUAUAACCUCCGAUAGAGAAAACAUAGCGAGAGAGUAGACAUUAGACAAUGCUUCUAUUUCUCAUCCUUUGCCAUUUCCUAAAUCAUUAAAGGUAAACAGAGAAUCUCAGGGGAAAUGCUUUUAGUGGUAUGCAUUGGUAUACAUUGCAGAUAGGUAACACAAAAAAUCCUUUUAUCAUGUAUGGUUUUCCUUUCUAGGAUUUUGGAGAAGGCCACGAAUAUACCAGCGAUAGCAAAGAAAUGAUUACAAACCCAACACCAGACGUGCGGUAUGAUUACUUACCUGUGUUACAGGAGCCUUUUAUUCUAAGUCUUUUUAUUGUGGGGGGUGUUUGGGACAAUUUAAAUAAUUUCUGAAUGUUUUCCUUUCUUGGCAGUAUUCGUCUCCGGAUUCCUCUCACCAUGGAGGACUUCAAGCUCCGCUCUGUGCUCGGUAGAGGGAGCUUCGGGAAAGUAAGUUUAAGGUGGAAUUCCAAUUCUAGUUCGAUAUAACGGAUGUCUUAACAGAUGCAGCACAAUAAUUUGUUCGUUUUAAUUUCAGGUUCUGCUGGCUAAAUACAAGGACACAGGCAAUAUGUAUGCCUUGAAAGUAAUAAGAAAAGGAGACAUAGAAUCAUCAUCAAUACUCGAUUGGUCAGUAAAUGAAGAACAAUUAAUGGUUUUUGGAAAGAAAAGGUCAUGUUUUCUGUCUUUUGUUUGUCAAUUUAUUUUGGAGAUCGGGGGAAAAUGACUUUUAACUUUUAUUUUUCCUUUCCAGCCUUCUGAUUGAGAAGCGGGUAUUUCAAGCUGUGACCAACAGGCGUCACCCAUUUCUAAUUAACAUGUUUGGCAGUUUCCACACUCAAGAUCACGCCGUUUUUGUGAUGGAAUAUGCUGCUGGGGGCGACCUAAAGACACACCUCAAGCAAGGUCCAUUUCCAGAACCCAGAGCUGUGUGAGUAUAAGCUGCAGGUCUAAUCCAAUGUUCAAAGAUAGCUAGCUCUGUGGGUUUUAGAUCGAGUGUAAACAUGAUUAGCCAUUAACAAACAUAUUAAAAAUGACUUCAUACUUUAUAACGUGAUGUAUAUCCCAUGGGCUGCUGUAUAUCUGCCUGCUGUAUGUGUCCAAUGCUGUAUCAGUGCGGUUACAUACACCGCUGUGUGCACCAACUAUAGCUUACGGUCUUGGAAGCAUCGGCAUUGGUGAAUGGAACCAGCUGUGAAUGGUAAACGACCAAUCACCAUUGUAUCAGCUGAUAAAUAACCUGCCACCAGCAGUGAGAGAGCAGAAGGAAACCUGGGAAUUAAUGCAAUAUGUCAGAACACAGAGUGACUUGGAAUAUACGGAAUUAAACCAGUUAGUAAUAAAACACUUCAUCUUCUAGAAAGUAACAGAUUUAUUUAUUAUUCCCAGAUUUUAUUCUGCCUGUGUCGUCCUGGGACUGGAGUUCUUACACCAACAGAAGAUCGUCCACCGGUAAGAUUAUAGAAAAAAACUACACAUGGUGUGUCCGUGAUAUGUGUGUUAUUGUAUUUAACCCUGUUUGUUUAUAGUAAGUUAUUCAUGUUAACCAUUUAAAUAGCCUAAAGAGUGAAUCCUAAACCUAAGUCCCUCUAGUGUUAUGUAAAAUGAAUAAAACGUAAUGUUCUGUAUUUUAAUCUAGAGACCUGAAAUUAGAGAAUAUUGUUCUAGACGAAAAAGGCUUCGCAAAGAUCACAGACUUUGGUCUUUGCAAAGAAGGUAAAUAUAAUUUUAUAAUUAAAACAUACAUUUUGAUAAAGGUAUUCUCACUUAGUGAGGUCAAAAUGUCCCGGCAAUGUCAGAGCUAGCUUUCAUAUAAACAACCUUUUAAUAUAUAAAAUGAUGUGUAUAAAAUGUGUGCUUCAUUCCAAAAGAAACUCUGUAACAGUAAAAGUAUUUAUUUUUAAUUUAAAGUGUCCAUGGGGUCUUUCAGGUUAUGCGGCCCCCCUUUUAAGCUAAAAUGUUUUUACUCAGUCUCUAUCCAGGGCUGAGCAGGCAGUGUUGGAUGCACACACACAUUACACACAGCCAGCACACACACUGGGGAGGAACAGAAGGAGAUAUUACUGGGAGGGCAGAGGGUGAGACACUAUGCAUAGGGCUCCAGGUAGGCAAACCCCCAAUUAUUCUAAUUGAAACUAUUAAAGGAGAUUGGGCUACUGCUUUAGUCCUUUAUAUUUUCACACCCCUGUGGUUACCGACAUGGAGAACCGUGUCUGACAGCAUCCCAUAAACUGCUGCUGGGUAAAGGUUUAUGGAGUGAAUUCAAGCUCCACUGAAUAACAAUCUCAGCAAUAUCUAUUCAUUUAUAUUCUUAUAGGAAUAUCAGAUCCAAUACAGAAACAUGUCACCAGACGUGAGCUAACCCGUUAGCAUGUUCAAUUAAGAUUACAGAUCAGUCUAACUGAAAGUCAUUCCAAAUAGAAUUUGCUAAAACUGAAUAUCUAUCUUCAACUUAUACCCAAUUCUGUUUUCCUUAUUUCGGAGGAAUCGGAUACGGAGACACAACCGGGACCCCUUGGGGAACACCGCUUUACGCAGCUCCUGAAGUCUUAAAGGGCAAGCCGUACACAAGAGCUGUAGACUGGUGGAGCGUUGGAGUGGUCAGUUAUGCAAUGCUGUCUGGAAAGGUAAGAACAGUCUUUCAACAGGAAUUUGUAAACAGAUUUCUUUUCUGCAAAUCCAAAGAGACUCUACCAAUUUAAAGGAGCACUCCACACACCUAAAGCAUUGUAGCUUGCUGAAAUGUUUUAUUUACGCAGUGUCCAUUUUCAUUUUAUAAAACAUGCAGAUUUCAAGGUAAAUUAACCUUGUUACACAGCUCUGCUGUCAAUCAUACAAAUGGUCCUGUUACUUCCUGGUUUGUUUAGCUCAGGGGAGAUAAAGCCAAGAGGCAGCAAUGGCCCAGAGCACCUGCCUUGCAAAGACUUCUCAUUGAGCUGCAUUGGGAGGUCUGUGAUUGGACAGCCACAGAAAGUCUGGGCGGGGUUAGAAGGGGAGGGUUUGUAAACGCUGCAGUUAAGAGAUCUGUGGCUUUUGCAAGCUGUUUUUAUUUUGGUAUUGCAAUAUUAAUAUUACAUCCCAACAUUCCCCUGCAUAUUAACCCUUUCCCUUCCCAAAAUAGAUCCCCCGAGAGAUACAUUCCUAGUUGUUAUAACCCCCUCUCAAUUAACCCCUGACCCCUGGUUCCCCAAUACCCAAACACCUCCCACUCCGUGAUUUGCUUGUACCAUUCCCAGAUAGUGAAAUAAAUCUCUUUCCAAUGAAUUAUCUCUAUCUUAUGCCCCUGGUCCCUGGUUACUUAGUCCUUUGGUGACUGUUUGAUAGCUGUGUGUACAUAGUGUGUGACCCUCUGUAUACUGCUCCCUGGCUAAUACCUGUACGGUAAGAGAAUGCCCAAUAGUUUGGGCCCUAAUACAUAAAACAAGCUCAAUACUUACUUGUCGAAGUCUUCCUUAUUGAUUGUAUUUAUGUCUCUGCCAAAAAGGAAAUAAAGCCAUCAUAGCCCAUUAUACCCGAACAAAAUACAAAAAUCAAUACACCAUAUUAAAAGUAAAUAAAAACACCAGGAGAGAUAAAAUAUAAUAUAGACCUUCCAGCCCUUAGUCAAAAUGGAGAUUCCCUGCUGGUGUGCAAAUCAUUCGGCUUAUUGGAAAUUCCAGCCAAUCACAGAGCAUCCCCUGAUGAUGUAUAUUAUAACAGCGUUCGGUUCUCUUGUACAUUUCGUACAUUCAUGCACUCGCACCACACACCUUUCAUGCAUACUAAUUUAAAUAUUAUACCAUCUGUACUACUAACAUUAUAAAAACCUUAAACUAUUCAAUUAUUGCUCAGCUGUUGAUUCCUGUAGUUUACAACUUUACAAACUGAAAUCGAGUUUUUUUUAAAAAAAUUGUAUUUAUUCUCUAGUUCCCCUUCGAAAGCCUUGAUAUAGACAUGCUGACUGCGAGUAUCAUCAAAGGAAAAUUUCUAUAUCCAGAAUCUCUAUCAAGAAACGCUACUUCGAUAAUAAGACAGGUUAGUCGCCACACAUGUUUAGUGUUUAAUAAAUGUAAUAGAUUAUAUGAGCCAUGAUCAAACCGUCCAUUGACGAGGGAAAUUGAUCCUGGCGAGCUGCCAUAGGAUGAAUGAAUUCUAAGUUCUUGGAGGUUUCAGGAUUAGACCCUCUGCGUGGAGCCUUGCGUCUAAUAAGUACAGUAAUAAUUUAUGACAUCACAUCCCAACAUAUUGCACCAUUACUUUAUAUGAAUGGUUUGACACAAGUAAGAUAGUGAUAUAAAGUGUGUAGAAAAGAAUGGAGGUUCCGAUGAUCUUUAGAAGAGGGAAUGUAUCAGUUUUCUUACUUACUGGUCAUACACAUAUCUCAAUACCUUAAAUUGGAUGUAACUAUCUGUGUGUUAAUGCUGGUAAAGAAACUGUAAUAGCAGUAUUAGCUGUAUUUCAAGAAUCAAGUCACAUAAACACACUGGGCACGGAUCAGUGGAAAACACAAACUAUUUUAUUCUGCGCAGAAUUAACACAGUGUUGACUCGUGUCUAAAAUACACUGGGCCCCAGUCCGUAGUUAACAGAGCUUAUAUAUCAUAAAUGAUGUAGUUCAUACGUAAGCAAGAUAUGUAAGGGUUACUCCCAUUACUGCAGUAAUUAAUAACCAAUUAACUAUUACUUUAUUCAUUUCCUACAUUACUGCGCAUGAAUAUUCUUAGCAUUCCUGGACAUAGGUCCUGACCCUGAUCAUGUACAGCUCUUGUCCCAAUAUAUGGUCAUAUGGCUCUCAGGCAUUUCCGAGAUGGUCUGCCACCUUCGUUACUGCCCAACAUAAUACCCAAAUAGCGAGAGUAUUGAUAUCGCCACAAGUAUUUCCUAGCAGUAAACAUGUCUAGCGUUCCUGCACAUGCGCUCAGCAAAAGGGAAGUACUGCAGUUUUUAACCAUAUGUGUAUCAGAUGUUUCGUGGGCAUCCUGCAGCCUCUACAACAAAACAUUCAUUAUUACUGAGAAUUAAACCAAAACCCUGAGUAUCUGCUUAUUCAUUCUAUGACAUCCUUAAUGAUUCAUUAUUCAUUAGCCAUAAGACACUAAUAUUUAAUAUUUCCAUGACAUACAGCGCACCCACUAGCGCCCUGUAUAACAAUAUAGUUGUGGGUAGUUAGCGCAGGGUAGAUCCAGAGCCCAGUCUUUUAUUGUGAAGACAGAUAGAUUAUAACAUCAAGGGACACCUCGUGCUGCGAACACAUAAAGCACUGCCCACGUACGUACAUUGCUACCACCACACUUUCCUUUUCUUCUAUGCUGUCCCUUUAAGCAUCACUCACAUAGUGCAGGGCAGUUGGCUUGAAAGAGCCCAACACGCGGAGCGAGCAACUGGCCUGCUCCCUGUGUCAAGCUCAGUACUUCUUAAUUACCCCAUGCACUUCUUAAUUGCCAUGCCACUCCCUCGUGCCACUUGCCCUACCCACUGUCUGCUUGCACAUGUCACCUGCCCUGUCCACUCUAUCCGUGUCCAUGUCAGAUAUGAUAUUAAUCCGUCACAUGCCUCAUUCACUUGCGGGUCCAAUUAG